CAACAUGUCACUGUUUUCUUGUAAGGUUUUCAUUACUUCCUCUUUGACAGUCUGGCUACGUCAUACUGCAUGCAUACUACCAUACUACAUAGUAUAAAGUCAGUUUGAAGUAGUAGAGUAGUAUGCAGGUUUGUAGACACUAUUUACUAGUAUGUACAGUAUAUCAGCUGACCCUGAUAAUAGACCAGAGUAGUGAUCCUUACCUGGUUUUACGUCAUGACCAGCCUUGACCAAUUUUUGGUACAAUAUCAAUAUCAGAGCUCUGAGUAUCAUGCAAUACCUGAUACUAAUCCCGAUAUUGAAGUCCUCAUAGUUAGCGAGUGAAUCUCUGAAAGCAUCUGAUUUGCAGGAUACCAGAGACCAUGUCAAAAGUAAGAUUAAGACCAAAUCUGUCUCAUGUCAUUGGUCAAUCUAAUCUAAUUUGACACUGAUGCGGCAUUUCGAACUAGUAUUGAUACUAAUAUACUAAUACGGAGUGUCAGAUUGGUUCAUCGCUAGAUAUAACACUUUCAAUAUAUUUUACAAAACGAGUAGUGCAGUAAAAAAAAAAAAAAAACAACAACACACACAAAAUGAGUUCAUGUAAUAGAAAAAAUAAUAAUAAUGAGAAAACUGAUCCUGGUGCUUAUCCAGAGAAGGUUUCAUACUUUCAUUUGGAAAUAACGUACCUAACAAAAGAAAGAAGAAGAAGAACACUUCUGCGAGCUGCUCUAUGAUUGUUGGUUAGUCAGUUGUGACCCACCGUUUAAGAACCACUGGACUAGAGGAUGAUCAACGUCACAGCCUGUUUAUGGAAAAAGAUGAGCUGCAGUUCCUGUAUAAUUACAUCAGCAAGAAAUGGAGAGUCGCUUCACCAAAGGCAAGUCCGCCAUCCUGGAGCGGCCGCUCACCCGAGCCAAGACGGAGGUGAGCGUGAGUGCGUUUGCGCUGCUCUUCUCGGAGAUGGUGCAGUAUUGCCAGAGCCGCGUGUACUCCGUGGCCGAGCUGCAGGGCCGGCUGGCCGACAUGGGCCAAGGUGUAGGGGCCAGCCUGCUGGACGUCCUUGUGAUGAGGGAGAAAAAUGGCAAGAGGGAGACCAAAGUCCUGAAUAUCCUGCUGUUUAUCAAGGUAAAUGUAUGGAAGGCCCUAUUUGGGAAGGAAGCAGAUAAACUGGAGCAGGCCAACGAUGAUGACAAGACCUACUACAUCAUUGAGAAAGAGCCGCUGAUUAACGCGUACAUCUCUGUGCCGAAGGAGAACAGCACUCUGAACUGCGCGGCCUUCACAGGCGGCAUCGUGGAGGCCAUUUUGACCCACAGUGGAUUCCCAGCCAAAGUCACAGUGCACUGGCAUAAAGGAACCACACUGAUGAUUAAGUUUGAUGAAGUGGUCAUUGCUCGUGACAAGACUCUGGAUGGUAGAUAAGACAGCACUGUUUUUAGCCCUUUUCCCCUAACUGAUACUGAAUUUCCAAUAAGGCUGAGUGUUCGACUGGAGGUCAGGGAGAAAGUUCAGCAGUGUGACUGAGGGAGUGAUGUGAUAGCAGAGGUUUAACAACAGAUCACAUGUCACGUAACAACACAAUUUACAGUGUUGAAUUUUAGUUAGCAAAAGAUCUAUAUUUAUUUGGAGGAGGAAUGGAUUAUUUCCAUUUUUAGUGGUGGAAACUAGGGUGCAAAUA